AUUGGCCUUUGGAUACCCAUUGCAAUUGAGAAUCAAGAACACAAUGAUAAGCCUGAAGGCGUGGAAGAUACCGAAGAUGUAGAACAAAUUUUAGCGGGGAGGCCUCUUCCACCAGAAUGCAACCCUGAAAUUCAUACUGAUUAUGAUGGUGAUUGUGUUCGAUGGGGUCUUUCCAACCUCCAAGAAAGUGCAGCUGAUUGCUGCCAGGCUUGCCUAGAUCAAGCAAAAUCCGCGAAGCCAGAUCAAAAGAAAUGCAACAUAUGGGUUUAUUGUCCAUCCGAGUCCGGCUGCUAUUCCCCAGAUAAAUAUGAACACAAACACAUGGUCUGCUGGCUGAAAUACUCGGAGAUGCCGUCUUUGAACUUUAAGGACCGAUACUCUGAAGAAUAUAGAAAUAGCCACCCGAAUGUGCCUGUUUUCGUCCCUUGGGUAUCCGGUGUCAUUAGCGUCUGAAAUUCAAUCGACAAGACACGAUCAUCGACAGUUGAUCCGAGAUCUCGCUGCUGACACUUUAGAAUGCUCCAUUUACAUCUGAUCAACAGAGCUCGAUUUUUUCUUGUACCAGGAACAAGAUGAGAAUUUAAGAGGCUUUUCUUUGUAGUUUAAUUAACUCCAUUGUUUAAAAAACAAUGGAUUUUUUUGUUAGGGGUAACUUGAAUGAUUUCCUAAAUAAUUAGUUAACCAUUCUAAUUUGGUUCACGCA